AUGCGAUCACAUCUGGCUCGUAAUGCCUGCCGUGCGAGCCAGAGAUCCCCGGCUCCAAGGCAGCUGCUCACCUCAAUAACCGCUCCGACGUCUUCCUCCCUCCUUUGCUCGCGAGAGACACAACACCCUCGACGACAACCGCGCCUCUCUGAUCGUCUGACCCAAGAUCUAGCUGGGCGCUAUGGCAAGAGGACUUUGUUCAGUUCCUUCAAGAAGCCGCCGCGGGAGGUCCAACCCCCGCAAAUGGUUCCCGGCUAUGGCGUGCUUCUUGACCUUACAGCCAACGAGCAGGAUAACCUCCGCUUGCCAGCCGUAGAGGUGGUUCAGAAGGCGAUCACGGAUCUAUUUAUCAGUCCUAUCAUUCGGGAGAAUGGGCUGAACUCGACACAAGCGCGAUGUGUACUGCGAGCCAUGCUCUAUCUGCGAGACAAUUCUGUCUCGGCGAAUGCCUCAGACAAGCUUGGACUUCAGCCUUCUUGCCUCAAAAAGAUACUUCGAGCGGCCAAGAUGAAGCGACCGCGGGACGAUGGAAAAGAUUACAUGGAACUGACCAAGCUUGCCUUCGAUGGGCUUCGGCCGUCAUUAAAAAGCGAAGAAACAUUAACUUGGUGGAGAGAGUACCUCUUGGCCAUAUUGAAUACUGGUGGCAGAACCCACGCUAUGGAGGAACUGAAGAUAUGGCUGGAUACCCAACCGCCAAAUCUGAGCGAAGAUGCCAAGGAGCUAUUGUUUAUCAUGUUUCGCAAGUUUUUACAGCAAGGGGAACACCCAGCACUGUCCGAAUUUCUGAAUAUUCUGCGGAGUCGUGGGCUCAGCUCGCACAAUCAAUUCAUCGAUUCAAUGGUGGCAUACCAUGCCUUGCUAGGUCAAGCAGAUGAUGCCUUUCUCUGGUUUGGCAAGAUCCCUGGGACACCGUCCAAUAAUACCUUGCUCGCGCUUAUCAAGCUGGCCGAUCAACAGCCGGGCCUAACCAAGACAGUCAAAAAGUUUUUCGUCGAGCUGUGCUGUCAGACUGCUCCCUUACCAGUAUCCAUUUGGUCUGCUGUGCUGCAGUGGGCUCUUUACCACGAACACAUGAAGGUUACCGAUUUGGAAUCAUUUAUUCGAGGCAAACUUGCCAAGAACAAAAAGCUGCCGCCCGAGGAACUUCUGCCCGGUAAUACGCUCGAUCACUUGUUGAUGGCAGCAAUGGACAAAAAGCAUUAUGUUCUGGCCGAGCGAAUCACAGACUGGGCUCUGAAGCGUGCGAGAGGCGUACGAGGACUUCCGCCCCGGACCAAGGCGAUGCGGCUCGAGUGGCGACUGGCCGGCAACGAUCUCCCGGGAGCCCAUGAGGCGUAUCAAAGCAUUAUAACCGAAGAUCUGAAUAGUCUCGAUCUUGGGCCCACCCAGGAAUCAGCCCUGAACAGAUACCUCCAGGUGCUAUGCUCACAAGAUGUGGUACACAGCGUGAGGGUACUGCCGACGCUGUCGACCCUUGAGGAGCAUCGUGUCAAUCUCGAGGCCGAAACGAUCGCAUGUGUUACUAGAUACUUGCUCGAGAACGAUCUUGAAUAUGAGUUGAUUGACACGCUUUCAAUUCACGCCAUAAAUUUCAGUGUCUCUGAAAGGACAAUCCUCAUCAACAGAAUGCUUGAAUUCUGCCUCGACACCUCCAGAAGCACGGCUCGUUCUUGGAAUACUUACAGCCUACUCCGCCAAUACUUCCCCGACAUGAAGAAGGACCCUCGCGUGAAGAUGAUGUACGCAUUCUUCGCACGCAAGAGGCCAGACAUGGCGGUUCUCGUAUUCGGCCACAUGCGAGCACAUGACAACCCUGAGAUGAAGCCAGACUUGGAUGUGUAUGUGGGCGUACUGGAGUGCUUGGGGCGGCACCCAGAUCUCGACAGUCUGAAGCUAGUCCACAACAUGUUCAAGAUGGACACCACGAUUGAGCCGACCACUAGGCUAUACAAUGCUAUGAUGAUGGCAUAUACCGGCUGCGGCGAGCCUUGGAAGAGCCUCGAGUUCUGGCGGGAGAUCAGCACUUCUCCCGAGGGUCCCACCUACGAGACCCUGAUACUCUUUUUUUGGACGUGCCAAAAGAUCGGACCCGGCGUCGAGAAGGCGAACGAGGUCUGGGAUAAGCUUAUGCGGAUGAAUGUCGAGAUUCCCCGGGAGGUUUUUUCUGCUUACUGCGGCGCCCUGAGUAGCAAAGGCAAGCUUGACGCCGUGAAGAAGCUGCUUCUAGGGAUGGAUGGAACGUUGGGGUACUAUCCCGACACUGCGACGCUGCGCAUAAUCUACGAUGGUUUGCCGAACCAGACGCUGCAAGACCAGUUCGAGGAGUUUGCUUUUCAACGAUACCCAGACACAUGGAACGAGCUGAUUACAGUGAUUCCGCGGAAGAAGAGCCGCGAAUUUGUGCGCAGCAAAUUCAAGUACUCCAGGGUCCACGAUAUGAAGGCAUAG